AUGGCUCUCAUCCCCUGCAUGCCGGCCAAACUCUCUGCGAGGCCCCUCCUGAGCCAUGGCUUGAGGGGCCGACUCGCUGGGCCCGCUCUCUAUGCCGGUCGGAGCUUUUCGACCACGACCACCCGGCGAAGCAGCCCCCGGGCCAGCUCUGAAGGUUCGGCCAACACCUCGCAAAGUGGUUGGCAUGGUAAUUCAGUAUGGGCUGUCGCUUUAGCCGCCGGUGCCGUUGGCUGGGGUCUUGCUCGUUCGACAAAGGACAAUUCUGCCACCGCUGGCUUUCUUCCUCUCGGUAGCGGCCUGCUUCCUAUAGAUGGUCUGUCUCGCCCCGUGACUUAUGCAAGCAUGGCCGAAAUGGAGCAGGCCUUGAAGGAGAUUCGAAAGGAGCUGGGUGGCGAGGAUAUUAUCUCCACGGAUCCCGACGACUUGCAUGCUCAUGGGUAUUCUGAAUGGUCCUCGACCAAUCCUGAUGGCCUUCCGGUUGCUGUCGCAUACCCGCGAUCAACAGAGCAGGUGGCGACGAUUGCACGAGUAUGCUUCAAGUACAACGUUCCCAUCAUUCCUUACUCGGGUGGUUCCAGUCUGGAAGGGAACUUCUCGGCACCAUACGGAGGAAUCAGCGUCGACUUUGCCUUUAUGGACCAGAUUCUCUCCUUCAAUAAGGAUGAUAUGGACAUUGUUGUUCAGCCGAGUAUCGGAUGGCAAGACUUGAACGAAAAAUUGGCAAAAAUGGAGAGCGGUCUUUUCUUCCCUAUCGACCCUGGCCCAAGCGCAAAGAUUGGCGGAAUGAUCGGUACAAAUUGCUCAGGUACCAACGCCGUUAGAUACGGAACCAUGAAGGAUUGGGUAAUCAACCUUACCGUUGUCUUGGCAGACGGAACUGUGGUCAAGACUCGGAGACGACCAAGGAAGUCUUCCGCCGGCUACAAUCUGAAUGGACUGUUCGUAGGAUCUGAGGGAACACUAGGCCUUGUAACUGAAGCAACCCUGAAGCUCACUGUUGUGCCCGAAGACUUUUCGGUCGCUGUAGUUACAUUCCCCAGUAUCAGAGACGCUGCUGCGGCUGCAGCCGAAGUCAUGCGCAAUGGUAUUCCUGUGGCUGCGAUGGAAAUCAUGGACGAGGUCCAGAUGAAGGUCGUCAACUUGGGUGGCGCAACAGCACCUCGCGUUUGGCAGGAACUCCCGACCCUAUUCUUCAAGUUCUCCGGUACCAAAGCCGGUGUCAAGGAGAACAUUGGUCUCGUUCAGAAGAUCACCAAGAAUCACAAGGGCGGUAACUUCGAGUUCGCAAAGGACGCGCUCGAGCAGAAGUUGCUUUGGUCUGCCCGGAAAGAGUCACUGUGGUCAAUGCUGGCCCUUCGUAAGGACGGUGAAGAAGUUUGGAGUACGGAUGUCGCUGUUCCCUUCAGCCGUCUGGCAGACCUCAUCGAGAUCAGCAAGAAGGAGAUGGACGAUAUGGGGCUGUUUGCAAGUAUUCUUGGCCACAUCGGCGACGGUAACUUCCACGAAAGUAUCAUUUACAACCGGACGAUCCCUGAAGAGCGAGAAAAGGUCGAGAGGUGCGUCCACAACAUGGUCAAGCGAGCAAUAGAUAUGGAUGGAACGUGUACGGGCGAGCAUUCGAUCGGUUGGGGCAAGAAAGAGUCUCUGCUCCUCGAAGUCGGCUCCGACACCCUCGACGUAAUGAAGUCGAUCAAGCGUGCGCUCGAUCCCAAAUGGAUCAUGAACCCCGGAAAAAUCAUGGACAUUCCAGAGGGCUCAAGGACGAACCAAGGUUCCUCGGUAUAG